GAGCCAGUUUCUUACGGGAGUGUCCCCUCCUUCGCAAAACAAAGCCCCGCCUCUCUCCCCUCUCUCCCCCUCUCUCUCUCUGCCCCCGUCUUUCACUGGUAUCGUUCGUCUCUCAGAUUCGUCGAUCGGACGGUUCGUUGCGCGGCAGCAAUGACUAUGAUGACUCCUGCACCGUUGGAUCAGCAGCAGCAAGAGGACGAAGAGAUGCUUGUGCCGAACUCGGAUUUGGUCGAAGGUCCUCAGCCAAUGGAAGUAGCCCAAGUGGAGCCAGCUAGUACAGUUGAUAGUCAACCAGUGGAGGAUCCUCCAACGAUGAAAUUCACUUGGACAAUUGAGAACUUUACUAGGUUGAACAUCAAGAAGCACUACUCUGACAUGUUCGUAGUGGGCGGCUAUAAAUGGCGGAUACUAAUAUUUCCCAAGGGAAACAAUGUGGACUACUUGUCAAUGUAUUUGGAUGUGGCAGAUUCCGGGACAUUGCCAUAUGGGUGGAGUAGAUAUGCACACUUCAGCUUGGCUGUAGUUAAUCAUAUCCAUACCAAGUACUCAAUAAGAAAGGACACUCAGCACCAAUUCAAUGCAAGAGAAAGUGACUGGGGAUUCACUUCAUUCAUGCCUCUUGGUGAUCUUUAUGAUCCGAGUAGGGGAUAUCUGGUGAACGAUACAGUUGUGGUUGAAGCUGAGGUUGCUGUCCGUAAGGUUCUAGAUUACUGGUCAUAUGACUCGAAAAAGGAAACUGGUUAUGUUGGGCUCAAGAAUCAGGGAGCAACUUGUUAUAUGAAUUCUCUUCUCCAGACUUUGUACCAUAUACCGUACUUCAGAAAGGCCGUGUAUCAUAUGCCAACAACUGAGAAUGACAUGCCUUCAGGAAGCAUCCCUUUGGCGCUACAAAGUUUAUUCUAUAAGCUUCAAUACAAUGACAGCAGUGUUGCAACCAAAGAAUUGACCAAAUCCUUUGGAUGGGAUACAUAUGAUUCUUUUAUGCAACAUGAUGUGCAGGAACUUAAUAGAGUUCUUUGUGAAAAGCUUGAAGAUAAAAUGAAGGGAACUGUUGUGGAGGGUACAAUACAGCAGUUGUUUGAAGGACAUCACAUGAAUUACAUUGAAUGCAUCAAUGUGGAUUACAAAUCUACAAGAAAGGAAUCAUUUUAUGACCUACAGCUUGAUGUGAAAGGCUGUCGGGAUGUUUAUGCUUCUUUUGACAAGUAUGUGGAAGUUGAACGUCUUGAGGGUGACAAUAAAUACCAUGCCGAAGAACAUGGUUUGCAGGAUGCUAAGAAGGGUGUUCUGUUUAUUGACUUCCCUCCCGUUCUUCAACUUCAGCUAAAGCGAUUUGAAUAUGAUUUUAUGCGGGACACUAUGGUUAAGAUAAAUGAUCGCUAUGAAUUUCCUCUUCAACUUGACCUUGAUAGGGAGAAUGGAAAAUAUCUAUCACCUGAAUCAGAUAAGAGUGUUCGCAACCUCUACACUCUUCAUAGUGUCUUGGUGCAUAGUGGUGGGGUGCAUGGUGGCCAUUACUAUGCUUUCAUCAGACCAACCCUCUCAGACCAGUGGUACAAAUUUGAUGAUGAACGUGUGACAAAAGAGGAUGUGAAGAGGGCUUUAGAAGAGCAGUACGGUGGUGAGGAAGAGUUGCCACAGACCAAUCCUGGCUUCAAUAAUACUCCUUUCAAAUUUACAAAAUACUCAAAUGCAUACAUGCUUGUGUAUAUACGGGACAGUGAUAAGGACAAAAUAAUAUGUAACGUGGAUGAGAAAGACAUAGCCGAACAUCUAAGGAUAAGGUUGAAGAAAGAACAAGAAGAGAAAGAGGACAAAAGGAAAUAUAAGGCACAAGCACACCUCUACACUAUUAUUAAGGUUGCUCGAGAUGAGGAUCUGACAGAACAAAUUGGAAGGGAUAUUUAUUUUGACCUAGUGGACCAUGACAAAGUUCGUAAUUUCCGUGUUCAGAAACAAAUGCCCUUUAAUCUUUUCAAGGAGGAGGUUGCGAAAGAGUUUGGCAUACCAGUGCAGUUUCAGCGUUUCUGGAUUUGGGCCAAGAGACAAAACCACACAUAUCGCCCCAACCGACCAUUGACACCUCAGGAAGAAACACAAUCAGUUGGACACUUGAGAGAGGUAUCAAAUAAAACACACAAUGCAGAGCUAAAGUUGUUUCUGGAAGUAGAGUUUGGGCCGGAUCUACGUCCUAUUCCUCCGCCUGACAAAACCAAGGAAGAUAUCCUUCUUUUCUUUAAGCUUUAUGAGCCUGAGAAACGAGAACUACGUUUUGUUGGUAGGUUUUUUGUGAAGAGUUCUAGUAAACCAGCAGAGAUUUUAGGAAAAUUAAAUCAACUGGCUGGUUUUACCCCUGAUGAAGAAAUUGAGCUUUAUGAGGAAAUAAAGUUUGAGCCAUGUAUCAUGUGCGAACAUCUUGACAAGAAGACCUCAUUUCGAUCGAGUCAGAUUGAAGAUGGGGAUAUUAUUUGCUUUCAGAAGUCUACUCCUCUUGAAAGUGAAGAAGAAUGUAAAUAUCCUGAUGUUCCUUCAUUUUUGGAAUACGUACACAAUCGCCAGGUUGUUCAUUUCCGUUCUUUGGAGAAACCUAAGGAGGAGGAUUUCAGUUUAGAAUUGUCAAAGCUACACACUUACGAUGAUGUGGUGGAGAAAUUGGCUCGCCAAAUUGGUUUGGAAGAUCCCACCAAAAUCAGACUCACUGCACAUAACUGCUAUUCUCAGCAACCUAAGCCCCAACCAAUUAAAUUUCGGGGCGUAGAGCAUUUAACUGAUAUGUUAGUUCAUUACAAUCAAAGCUCUGAUAUUUUGUAUUAUGAAGUCUUGGACAUCCCCCUGCCAGAAUUGCAAGGCCUAAAAAAUCUAAAAGUUGCUUUUCAUCAUGACAAAGAUGAGGUGGUGAUUCACAAUAUUAGAUUGCCCAAACAGAGCACUGUGGGGGAUGUCAUUAAUGUACUUAAAACGAAGGUAGAGCUGUCUCAUCCAAAUGCAGAACUCCGACUGCUUGAGGUUUUCUAUCACAAGAUUUACAAGAUCUUCCCACACAGUGAGAAAAUUGAGAAUAUAAAUGACCAGUACUGGACUUUGCGUGCAGAGGAGAUUCCAGAAGAAGAGAAAAACUUGGGUCCCCAUGAUCGCUUGAUUCAUGUUUACCACUUUACAAAAGACACUGCACAGAACCAGAUGCAAGUACAAAAUUUUGGGGAACCUUUCUUCUUGGUCAUCCAUGAAGGUGAAACUUUAGCUGAAGUUAAAGAACGGAUACAAAAGAAAUUGCAGGUCCCCGAUGAGGAGUUUGCCAAGUGGAAGUUUGCUUUCUUGUCACUUGGUCGUCCUGAGUACUUGCAGGAUUCUGAUGUUGUGUCCAGCCGUUUUCAGAGAAGAGAUGUUUAUGGUGCAUGGGAGCAGUACCUUGGGUUGGAGCACUCUGAUAAUGCUCCUAAGAGAGCGUAUGCAGUAAAUCAGAACCGUCACACGUACGAGAAGCCAGUUAAAAUAUACAACUAACAAGAGCUGAUGGUCCUAGGCCGGUGCAUCAGCUUGUACUUAGCAUCCUUCAGUGCCACAGAGGCAGUCUGAAAAUAGCCAGGAUGCGAAACAAUGUAGCUCGUAUCAUAUAGGGGUGAUUUGGUUAGGAUUCGAUUGUUGUCUUUUGGGCUCAAAUGUUGAUUCAUGUGGUUGCGGAACUGGAAGAUCAUCUCCCGAUGUGUCGUAAAAUUGUUAAUCCCUCUGCUGGAGUUCUGCUCUGAUCCUUUUGUUUGUUUGUUUUGCCUCCUUGGUGAAGGCGCCGCCUCGCUUUCGGAGGUUGGUUGCGUUCCCUAUACAGCUCCGUUGUAAUUUAGCAGUACAUAAGGAGAUUUUGAGGGCAUUUGUAUCGGGUACAGUCGGCUGCAUUUGCAUUUAGGAUUGUUCCGUAAUAUUAUUUUUCUGUUCAAUUAAUUUUAUCUUAAUUUCGUGAAAGAGAUGGGAAAAAACUGCACAAGGGGUUUGUAUUAGCGUGGUUGGCUUGUUCACAAUUCUGGCUCUCAGAUUGUAUAAGAUAUAUGAUUUCGAAUUGUCGUGUUUGUGUGCAUCAAUCUGAACCGUUUAUUUUUCAGUUCA